GUGUUUUUUCCUGCCGCACCCGCCUCCUCUUUAUCCAUUCCUGGUUUUUUUUCUCCCGAUGAGAAAAUCUUUUCCCGUUCCAAUCUCCAGAACGUGGGGAGGAGACGACGGUUUUGCCCAGCUCGCCGCUCCCACUGUCGUACGAGCUCAACUGGCCGCCCCCGCCCCACGCGCCCAGCUCAUCGCCUCCCCCUCGCCUCCUCCGACGCCUCCACAGCCCUUGACCGCUGCUUCUGCAGUCCCGGCGGCGGCCUUGGCUAUGGCGCUGCGGGGCCUUCGCCGCACGAACCCAGUUCGCCCCCUCCCCCUCGCGUCCACAGCCUCCGAGGCGGUUUCCGUGGCCUCCGACGCCUCCGAAACCUUCGAAUGCAGCUCCGGUGGCGGCCUUUGUCGGUGGCGCCGUGGGUCGCCGAUUUCUUCGAUCCGCUGUCGUCGCAAGCAUAGAUCGGCCAUCGCUGCCGCCGCCUCGUGCCGAGGCCAAGAUGUCCAAGUGAUGGGUGGCUGGAGAGCUGGUUGUGCGGGGAAGAGGGACUUUGCUCUCCUUGGCGUGGUCAACCCCCUCCUCGCAGAAGGUUCAUUUGAUACAUGGAGAAGACAGAUUUGUUCUGACUUUUCUGAGGCAGCAGGAUGUAGCAGAACUUGGCAGCAGGAGAGGCUUCUGUUUGAACUGGUACUUGCUUUAGGGAAAAAGAGAGGUUCCAUUCAUUUACUGCCUUCUCACAUCUUUGCUACAAUAAUAUGUUCAGUUGUUUGUGCUCUCUAUUUUGAUUUCUACCUAGGUAACAAUUUCCCUUUUGAACUGAACAACUAAACUAGCUGCAUUAGUAAUGAAACAAAGUCAUAUAGUGCGCUCGAAAAAAGACCACAUUGUAUUCUACCUCUGAAAAUAGCUCCCACUUUCCAUAGCACAUCACUGGCUCUUUCUCCUUAUGUAAAUUGAGUCAUUUCAUUUCUACCUAGGUAAAAAUCCCCUUUUAAAUUGAAUUUACACUAAUAUGUCUUAUUUACCUAGCAAGGACCAUAGAGAAAGCCCAGUUAGCCAUGUCGAAUCUAAAAGCCAAAGUAAAUGAUAAUUGAUUAUUAAGACUGUUGCUUUCGACUCAGUAAUAAUAUAUUAUAGCAAAGCAUGUCAAAAAAAACUUUUAAUUGCAGAGCAUAUUUAGCUUUAGUAGUAGCGCAUCAUCAUUUCACACUCAUGGCUGAGUGGCACAAUCUGUUCCAUUAGAGACUAGAGGAUACUAACUUUGUCAAAAUAUGUAUUUGCACAUACAUAUUAUACAGUAGACCUGGUCCUGAAUCCUGAUUCUUGAUCACAGUGAUGAAAGCAUUGACAGGUCAUUGUCUCUUAAUAAGUUAAAUAAAAUUGUGACAUUGAGAGCAAGCAAUUAAGUCAAAAUGCAAGGAACAUGAUCUAGAGUGCUGGAAUAGUUUGUUGGGUUUUGGAUAUACAUGCUGUCAUAUGGACAUAUAUGCUACAAGAGACAUAUAUAAAUUCUGAAGUUGCAAUUUAUUGUGUUUGGCUAAACAAAUGGUAGGAUUACCACAAAUCCAUAUAAUAUAACUAUCUAGGAACAAAUUCCGCAUAACCCUUCCAAAACCAUUUGAUAUGCAUCCCUCUAGAAAUAUUUUGAACUAGGAGCUCCAUUUAUGAAGCUUACUGAGUCACAAUUUUAUUUGAUGUCAUUACUUCUAAAUUUUUUUGUCUUCUCCCUGCUGUUAUUGCUUGUGCUUGUGCUGAUUAUGGAAGCUCUUCUUCCUGACAGAAGUCAAUUGAAAGCACUUGUGCAAGCUUCUCCCUUUGAUUGUGUGGAAAGUGUGUUUCACUGUUAUCUUGUUUGUUUUCCUUGGGUAUAGGUUUUUUGGUAUUUUUUUAAGUUUAAUAUAUAGAUGAGCUUAGAUUUGGGUACUUUAGAACCCCCAUUCUUUUAGUGCUAAUGUUAAAUUAAUUAUAGGUGACAGUAAAAUUCUGUUGACUUCAUGUGUGUGGAUUCCUAUGUUUGAAAGUCGGCCAAAGUUCUCUACGACUUUGGACGUAUAACAAUGGGUGCAAUUUUCUUCCGCUAUUUUUCCCUUCCUCUGCUAAACAUUGUCAUGCAAAUGUAUAAAAGGCUUUCAUGCAAAUUGAGCGAUAGCUCAGGUGGUGUGGCUGGUUGUGGUCGUGUCCACUAGCCGGGGUUCGAACCCCGGUCUCGCACAAAAAACUCCCAUCACUAGCUUCAGCUGCAGUGCGCGCUGGCCAGGCUGUGGCGCUUCGUCGGCCAGGUUACAGUGUUGCUGGCCGAGUCAGUUUGGCUCUCUGGGCAUGGGCCAGCGUUCGGGAGGUUUUCUAGGCCGGUUGCCUGGAUCUCCUCAGUUCAAUGCCAUACCGGCGGUUCUCCCCCUAUUGGUCCAGUGCAGUUUUUUUUAUAAAAGGCUUUCGUGGGAUUAUCAUGACUGCCCGCUAUCAAAUCUAAAUAAUCAAAUUUUUCUUGUAAAAUGAUAUCAUAAGGGUUUUGUAAUUGGUUGGUGAUGAAACUUCGAACAACAAUGUCAUGUUAAUGCAAUAUGUGCAAUUAAGAAUGUUGUAAGAUUGACCAAGGCUUUUGCUUUGUAAGGUUGACAAAUUGACAUCUUAACUUGGCUAUACAUUGAAGUUCUUUUUAUUAUUGCCAUGGUAUAUUAUAUCAUUGGACAUCUUUGCUUGGACAUAUAUUUGAAUGUUGACUGAUUUUGGGAUCCCUGUUUCAAAACUCUAAAUAUUAUUCUAAAGUUCGUUGGGAGGGAAUGAUGGGGAACAUAGAGAGUGAUGGAGGGCUGAGAGAGGGAUAUGCGAUGGAGAGAGCGAGUGAACAAGAGGUGAUAAGGGAAAAGAUAGAAAUGUGUAUAUGUUGUAGAUCUAAAAUGAGCAUGAUUCAUUUGGUUUUGCAUUCAACAAAUAUUUCAGCAUGAGUUCCGUCAAGCUGCAGUUUAUUUUUUCCUUCAACACACACGUCAUUGUCUUAAAUGAAAGAAGUGAUCCUAAAUAAUGUGGAAUUCAUGGCUGGGUUAGUCUUUUAGUACAUUCAGCUGUAGUUCAAAUUAUAAUUAUGCAGCAACAUCUGGUUUUGGUAUAUAAGUAUAAUACCUUAACUCAGUAACUAUGUCUAUUUUCACCAUUUUCUGGAGCAUCUAUAAUGUAUUCUUGGCUUACUGAAUUAUUUUUGCAUACUUAUUUCCCAUUUAUGUCAUCUUGAAGGUCCCAUACUUAUUUCCCAUCUAUGCAUGACAUAUAUACUCUGUUAUUAAUCGUUCCUUUAUAAUGUUUUCUUUUGUUCCACUCUUUUAGACAGGUGAAGCAAUUGGCCCACAUUAGAGAGGGGUGUGAGAAGAGAGGGAUGCAUUAGUUUUUUUUUCUUUCAUUCAG